AUGGCCGAACCCAUCAACGACGAUUCACCAAUUACGGUGAUGGAAGCUAUUCGGCGUACCGCUUCUACCAACAAUCGCAGCCCUGGCACAAUUAUCCGUCAUGAGGAACAGCUGUCAACCGAUGAACUUCUUGAAUUUAUUCGACUGUUCGGCCAAGAGCGUAAGCUUCACCAUGACAGUAAGGAAGGUCCAGUUACCAUGAGAGAAUGGAAACGUUUUUGGCGCAGGAUGUUUCAUAGCUGGAACACUGCCUAUAAGGUAAACGUAGACGUCCCUAUUAGACCACGAAUCUUGCCUGACCUAAAGGUCCUCGUCGGUGUUCUUUCUCGCAACCAGGCGCCGACCAACAAAAACUCAGCCCAGCCCCCACCAUCUGAGCGUCGGCAGGGCGCGAACGUGUUCCUGAGCGUCACCAUAGUUGCAGACGAUAUGGUAGAUUUCAGGUGGAAGGAUGCUCGCGGAAAGCUGGUUGAUCGACCCAAUGUCCGAAUCACUGUUGGAAGCUGCGGCAUGGCGAUGGCGAUGGCGAUCGAGUACUAUGACAGUAGCCUGACAAGGGCAUAUUAUAGCCACAACAACGAGCGUGUUAUCAAACGUGUUCGGCGUUUAAUCGCGCACUUCGCUCGAGAAAGCACUCGCAUUCAUGGUAUGCCUCCCCCUGGAUUUGAUGUUCCUAUACUCGAAGAGCCUGAAUUGGCCGCCCCCCGAGCCCAACAGCUCGGCAUGCACUGGAAAGAAGUCUUGAAAACCAUGGAAGCUCAGCGCAGCAUCUGA